GGACUAAAUCUCACACUACAACUCAGUUUUCUAUACAUACAUCGCUUCACAAUACAACAUGGAGCCGCCUUCAAAGAAACCGCGAAAGCUUCUCGAGGACAGCGAGUCUGAUAGCGAUUCCGACAGUCAAGGAGGAGUUUCCGUGGCUCCAGAUGCUGGCUUCAAAAUCAACGAAGAAUACGCUCGUCGAUUUGAGUAUAACAAGAAGAGAGAAGAACGACAACAGUUGGAAGCAAAAUUAGGCAAAACUUCAAUAAACUCACGCAAUCAAGGCGACGGCGACGAACAAUCCAAUGAUGAAGAGGACAGCUCAGAUGAGGAAGAGGAGGAUGAAGACGGAGAACUCGCUACCGAAGCGCUUGAUACAGAGAUCUUCGCAACCUUGGACGCCAUUCGAUCCAAAGACCCUCGCGUAUACGAUAAGAAUGCAAAAUUCUACUCGGAAGUGACAGAAUCCGAAGCAGCAGCCGACCAAGAGAAAAGGACGGAAAAACCAAUGUAUCUUCGCGAUUAUCACAGACAGAACCUCUUGAAUGGUGGUGUUGCAGAUGAAACUAAGGAUACCCCGAAGACGUUCGCGCAGGAGCAAGCAGAUCUUAAGAAGAGUGUUCUUCAGGAGAUGCAAGCUGCUGCAAAUGACCAAAGCUCAGAUGAAGAAGAAGACGGUGACUUUUUAAUUGCGAAACCAAAACCGAAGGAUGAUGAAGUAGCCCAGAAAAAAGUCGAUAUUGAGCUUGACGUUGAAAAUGCGGACAAGGAUCCUGAAACAUUCUUGUCUAAUUUCCUGUCUGCUAGAGCUUGGAUACCAACAAAGACUGCUCAAUUCCAGCCUUUCGAAUCAGAUGAUGAGGAAGAAGAAAAGAGAGCGGAGGCUCUUGAAGAAGCCUACAACUUCCGUUUCGAAGACCCUAACAAGCUAAACGAAAAGCUCAUUACACAUGCUCGCGAUACCGCAAAUCAGUUUUCCGUUCGCCGAGAAGAGAUGAGCAGUCGCAAGAAGAAGAGGGAGGCUGAGCGUGAAAAGAAGGAAGCGGAGCGCCGGGAACGGGAAAACCAAAAGAACCGACUACGGAAAUUGAAAAUGGAAGAAUUAGAAGAGAAGGUGCAGAAAAUCAAACAAGCUGCCGGACUCAAGGCGGCUGAUAUUACGGAGGAAGAGUGGGCACGGUUUCUCGAUGACAAUUGGGAUGAUGAAAAAUGGGAGAAGGAGAUGGCCAAGCGGUUCGGUGAGGACUACUAUGCUGAGGACGAUGCCGAAUUAGACGGGGAUGAAGAGUCUACAGGAAAGAAGAAACGAAAACCCAAGAAGCCUACAUGGGACGAUGAUAUUGAUAUUAAAGAUCUGGUACCGGACUUUCAGGACGAAGCUGUGCCCCCUGUCAGCCUUACUGACGACGACGAAGAAGCCGCCAACGAGGAAGAAGACGAUGAGGAAAGUGGACGUGCUACGAAGAAGAGCCGCACCAAAGAAAAGCACGAUCAAAAACGAGCAGCGCGUAAAGAAAAACGACUCAUUGAACAAGCAGUCGACCGCAAUUUAGACCUUGAUCCCACCCUACUACCGGGUGCAACCAGGAAGAAUGCAUCUCAAUUCCGUUACCGAGAGACAUCCCCUCAAAGCUUCGGCCUUACUGCCCGCGAUAUCCUCAUGGCGGACGACGCCCAGCUAAAUCAAUUCGUCGGGCUGAAGAAGCUCGCCACGUUCCGUGACCCUGAGCGAAAACGCCGCGACUUGAAGAAGAUGGGCAAGAAAGCCCGGCUUCGUCAAUGGCGCAAGGAUACUUUUGGUACCGAAGAAGAGCCGGAAUUUGUGCUACCACAGGCGCCUGCUGCUGCACCCGAGAAGAAUGACGAUGAGAUGAAGGUUGAUAUCCGCGAGGGAGGAUCUCGCAAGAAAAGAAAGAGGUCAAAGAAGCAUUAGUCUGACUGGGUAGUCCCUUUUUGUUGAAUAGUAGCGUGUGUAUAUCUUCACUUAUAUUUGCAUGAAUGUAUGCUACUCGGGUCUAUAUUGCUUUACAAUGAUGAUAUUUCAUGGUAGACCGUGAAUCGGA